UCAUGUGAUUAGCUGUGUCCAAUCACAGCUAAUUGCUGAUCAUCAGGGCACACAGUGCCCUGAUGAUCAGUGUAGCCCCAUCAGUGCCACCUGUCAGUGUCCAUCAAUGCCGCCUGCCAGUGACCAUCAGUGCCACAUCAAUGCCACAUAUCAGUGCCUACCAGUGCACAUCAAUGCCACAUAUCAGUGCCCAUCUGAGCUGCCUUUCAGUGCCGCCUAUCAGUGCUGACAAUCAGUGCCAGUCAGUGCUGCCUAUCAGUGCCAGUCAGUGCCACCUAACAAUGCCAGUCAGUGCCGCCUAUCUGUGCCACCUAUCAGUGCCACCUAUCAGUGCCAUAUAUGAGUGCUGCCUUUCAGUGCCCAUCAGUGUUGCCUGCCAAUGCCCAUCAGUGCCACCUACC